AUGAAACUGCCGAGUCUCGUGGCCUAUGCGCUGUGUCUGUCGCUCACCGCGGCCAAAGUCAUUCCUGAUGACGUCCCGGAUCCGAAUGGCAGUGCCGUGCGGCGCCAUCUCAUGGCUCGAUCGGCCAUGAUCACCAUAGAAAAGAGGCAGCGACAAGAUCACGAGUUUCGGCAGAACCUGUCGACGGUCGCUCGACAGGCAGAUGUCAUCGUCCAGGCGAUCCGGCAGGAGGAGAUUGAUGACUAUUGGCGGCAGUAUGGCAUGUUCGAGCAUCCAGAGGACGAGCGUUUCGCCGGGGAGAUGUUCCCUCUGGCGCGGCCAUACAUCAAUUCCACGAAGCUGUGGAAGAUUGUCAAGCGCAUGCCCAAGGGUGCGCUGUUGCAUGCGCACUUGUCGGCCAUGCUGCCAUAUGGAACGAUUCUCGAAACCAUUCUUGCGACCGAAGGCAUGGUCAUUUCCACGUCGCAACCGAUUCUGGAUGAGCAGAGCGCGGAAAAUGCCACGGUCGCUUUCGCGCAUGUCAACACGACCAUAAACACCUCGGCUGAAACGAUCUCCUCGGCCAAUUACGUCCCCAACACCCAGAUCUCGGUCCAAACCGCUGCCGACCGGUUUCCCGGUGGCCGGCAAGGCUUUAUGGAUUUCAUGAAGUCCAAGCUCACCAUCCUCCCGGAGGAGUCGAUUCGUCAUGAGCUGGGUGUCGACGAGAUCUGGAGACGAUUCCAAGCGUGCUUUGGCCCAGCAGAUACCAUGGUCAACUAUGAGCCUAUCGUGAGGACAUUCUACCAGAAGCUGUUUGAAGGCCUAGCCGACGAUGGCAUCAACUGGGUGGAAAUCCGCAGCGGCGGCUCCAGCGGUAAAUUGGUCCACACCGGCCAGGAGGACAUUGAUCCCAACCUCGACGUCUGGUGGGAUGUGAUGAUUGAGGAGAUUGAAAAGUUCCAGGCUACCGACAAGGGGAAGAAUUUCUGGGGGGCCCGCGUCAUCUGGUCCGACACUCGCAGCAAGAACCGCGAGAAAAUCACCAAGAGCAUGAAGGUUGCCCUUGAGCGCAAGCAAAGGUUUCCGGAGCUGUUCAGUGGCUACGAUCUGGUCGCCCAGGAAGAUCUGGGUCGUCCGCUGUCAGACCUGGCCCCCGAACUGAUCUGGUUCCGGGAGCAGACAGAGUAUCUGAAUCUCACGAUCCCCUUCUUCUUCCACGCCGGCGAGACACUCGGAGACGGCAACUCGACCGACUACAACUUGGUGGACGCCAUCCUCUUCAAUUCCCGCCGCAUCGGCCACGGGUUCUCCCUGUACAAGCACCCAACUCUCAUCGAGGAGGUGAUUGAAAAGGCAGUCAUGGUCGAAGUGUGCCCCAUCUCCAACGAAGUGCUGCGUCUGGCGACGGAUAUCCUCCACCAUCCUCUCCCUGCGAUGAUCGCUCAUGGUGUUCCCACGGCCAUCAGCAACGACGACCCAGCCAUUCUGGGGCAAGACAUUGCAGGUUUGAGCUUUGAUUUCUAUCAAACCAUCCAAGGAUUCGAUAACAUCGGACUCGCUGGACUGGGAGCCCUGGCGCAGAACAGUCUUCGCUGGUCGAACUUUGAGGACCAGUCCGAUGCCGACUGGCUUCGGGAUAUUGAUCUAGCCGCACGUGGCGACGGUAUCAAAGCCCAGCGCAUUCAAUACUGGAACCAGCAGUGGGAGGAGUUUUGCCAAUGGAUCGUGUCCGAGUAUGGCGACAAGUAUCCGCCCGCGGAGGUUGCCCAGGUUGCCAACUGA